GAAAACGGGGGGAUCUGAGCACUACCGUGGAAUUGAGGUGAAAUCCAGGGAGGAAGAACUAACUCGAAUAGAUAUUUCCUUUCGCAAUCAGAAGUCAAUGGCAAUAUCAGAAGAAGGCAAACAACUUCAGAGGUCAGAAUGCAAAGAAAGUGUAGAAUGGGAAACACUCUAGAAGUUUGAACGCAAAGAAAGUGUAAAAAGGCUGCAACCAUUUGCCGUUACACCUUUUCGAGCUGGGCAGUAAACAUCUUCCAAAUCCACACAUGGAAGGAUACUACAAAACCGUUGUGGUGACGUCAUGCACACUAGGAAGUUUCGACCAUCAAGUCGGCUGCCUAAACAUUCAAAAGUCACUAUUAAUGAUGGGAUUGCAAUUAAUUAGACGUAUCCCCACAUCAAUUCAAAAUUCAAGUGCCAGAUGUUUCACUUUCCGUCCAAACUUUGCACCUGGAGAUUCACCAGGUGUUAGAAUUCCGAUCAAGGGGACUCCACGCAGCUCAAGUAUUAAGCUUUUACUCCUUUCUAUCUUUAAUUUUACAUUACGAACUCAAAAGAAGUGAGGGAUUCUAAGUACCGGACUCAAAAAUCCUUAUGAAUUUCAAGAUAAUCCCACAUCGGGUCGACAAUCACACUUCUCAACAAGCAUUGCCAGCCACACUAGGCUCGACGAUCAAGCAAUUCAACAAGCCAAAAGCCUAAUUUCCAGAAUAGCGGCAGCCGAUUGGGUGAUUUGACCAUUUGAAUCUGCAGUCUGCCGAUUGAGGAAAAGGAAGCGUCUGCUACUCUACUGCAUCUGCCCUCUACGUUUCAACGCUACAGUCUACAGGAAAAACCAUGAAGUUCUAGAAGGAAGAGUUCCGACACUGAAUCGUUAUCAACACUAUUUUUUUGCAAGAGUUUAUCACUAUGAGCUCAGAAAAGGAACCACGUCGGCGGCUAUCGUGCUCAGCCUGUUUCGAUGCACUCUGGUUCUGCUAUACUCCGGUCCAUCAAAUGCAGCAGUACUAUAGGCUGGGUAAACUUGACAACUGUUCAAAUAAAUGGAGUGCUCUUUAUGACUGUUUGAGACUAAAAACCAAGUCGCAAGCUGAAGUGGAGGAAAUUUUGGAAAAGCGUGAGAAAACCAAGCCUCACAUAUGGACUUUUCGGACGCCAGAAGAAGCAUCCUUGCAUUGGCAAAAGCUUUAUGGGCAUACAUAUGAAGAUGAGUGAAAUACAUAUAAUUGAUCAGUUAUUCAUUUUGUCUUUUUUUUUUUUUCAUUCAAAACUCAACUAAUGAUGACAGCGAUUUAUCAAUAUGGUAGUCACUAGUGAAAGUUAGUCAUAUCAGCUGGUUAAGCUGAGGAUUUUGGUUUAUGGAAGCUCUAAUGCUUCUUUGAGCAAGUGGUCAUUAUCUUUGUGAAGUGUGAACAACGUUACUCGCU